AGACAUCUUAGCUGCCCCAUGUCCAAAUUCAUGCACUCAACAUACCUUUAUCGCCAUAUAUUCCCAUCUAUAAAGUAUCAUAGAAAUUUCCUAAGGCUUCAACACUUGCAUAUGUUCUUCAUCAUCAUCUACCCUUUCUUGAAUUAUAUAUAGCAGAACUCAUAGCAACAUUUCCAAAUAUAUACAUAUCAACCACAGUUCAAUACAUCGAUCUAUCGACCAAUCAAUCAGCUAUCAACCUUCAAUCAAUCAUGGUGUUUGAGAAAGAUCUUAACCUUGAUGCCACGGAGCUCCGAUUAGGCCUACCAGGCUCAUCGGAGGAGUCUAUUAGGAUCAGUAACAAAAGAGCCUUGCCUGAUAUGAAUGAUGAUUCUGGUGUUGCAGCUGCUAAAAAAUGUGACCAAGAAACUGCUCCACCCACCAAGGCACAAGUUGUAGGGUGGCCACCGAUCCGAUCAUACAGAAAAAACAGCCUUCAAACAAAGAAAACUGAGGCUGAAACGGGUGGAAUGUAUGUCAAAGUUAGCAUGGAUGGAGCUCCUUAUCUUAGAAAGAUUGAUUUAAAGGUUUAUAAAGGAUACCCAGAAUUGUUCAAGGCCAUGGAAGACAUGUUCAAGUUCAAAGUUGGUAAAUAUUCAGAAAGGGAAGGAUACAAUGGAUCAGAAUUUGUGCCUACUUAUGAAGAUAAAGAUGGUGAUUGGAUGUUGGUGGGAGAUGUACCAUGGGAAAUGUUCAUUAAUGGUUGCAAAAGGCUGAGGAUCGUGAGAGGAUCAGAAGCAAGAGGCUUGGGCUGUGUUGUAUGAAAACAAAAUAACCCAUAAAUUGACAAUUUCGAAGCCACUUUACAAAUGAUUGAGAAAUAAGUUGAGGUCCAUUUUUUUUUUCUUUGGGUUGAUUGGCAAGAAAGAAAAAGAAACAUUUUUUGUUCAUGUAUAGUUUGGAAAUUGGCAUGUUUUGAUUUUCGUGGAAUUUGUACAAAGGGAAAUACGAUUUUCCUUUUUUUUUCCAUGUAUCAUGUAACAAGGAAAAUUAUAUUAUUAAUUAAAAGGAUGGAUUCAUCCCAUUUUGUAA